AUGGCCACCAAGACUUCGCAGGCCGCAAAGGAAAGCAGGAUAUGGCAGGACAGACUUAGAAAGAACAAAUUGGAGGAGCCGAUUUACAAUUUUGAAUCUGAUCGUCGAGGAGGUCGCACAGCUUGGACCUCCAAGGUCACCGUUCAGCACCGUGUCCCGGGAGUCCCGUGGAUAAUUCCGGGACGAUACUUCUUCGACGGUGAUAACAAUGCCCGAGAAGAUGCUGCUGAGGUCGCUUGGAGGAAGUUGACCAACACCCCUUGA